UGAUGGAGCACUCAUUCGGGGAGGAGCAGACCGAGCAGCCAAAAGGAAGGAAAAAAUGUGAAGCGUAAAAAAGUGCCUUGCUGUAGAGUCAUGCUCCUCCAGCCUUCCUUUUAGCUUUCUCCCAUAUGUUCACUGCAGCUGUGUGCGCUCUCUCUGCUCCACCGUGGCGAGCUGCGGCUUAGAAACGCGUCCCACCAGACCAGAUAAAGAACAGAGAACUUUAAAAGCAGUCGGAGCCGAAGUUGUGAGUGUUUCCUGGGGGAAGCAGCUUGGGGAGGUUUUUACGCAUUGCGCAGGAUGCAGGCGCGCUACUCCGUCUCCAGCCCCAACUCUUUGGGAGUUGUACCGUACAUCAGCAGCGACCAGAGCUACUACCGGGCCGGCGGUGGAUAUACCGGGAUGCCUGCCCCCAUGAGCAUGUACUCCCACGCGGCCCACGACCAGUACCCGGCCAGCAUGGCCCGUGCGUACGGACCGUACACCCCCCAGCACCAGCCCAAGGACAUGGUUAAACCCCCUUACAGCUACAUCGCCCUCAUCACCAUGGCGAUCCAAAACUCACCGGAGAAAAAGAUCACCCUGAACGGGAUUUAUCAGUUUAUCAUGGAGAGGUUCCCCUUCUACCGGGACAACAAGCAGGGCUGGCAGAACAGCAUCCGGCACAACCUGUCCCUCAACGAGUGCUUUGUCAAAGUGCCCCGGGACGACAAGAAGCCGGGUAAGGGCAGCUACUGGACCCUGGACCCGGACUCCUACAACAUGUUUGAGAACGGCAGCUUCCUACGGCGCCGGAGGAGGUUCAAAAAGAAGGAUGUCCAGAAGGACAAAGAGGACCGGGACAGGCAACCCAAGGACCCCUCUGCCCGCACCCCGGGCCGGGACCAGGACGGGCCGGUGCAGGGCUCCCAGCCGGUGCGGAUCCAGGACAUCAAGACGGAGAACGGGACCUCCACGCCACCCCAGGCCGAGUCCCCCACACUGAACACCGUGCCGAAAAUCGAAAGCCCCGACAGCAGCAGCAGCAUGUCCACCGGCAGCCCCCACAGCGUGCCCUCCACCCGGUCCCUGAGCAUGGAUGGACCCGAGCACCACCACCACGGACAGGCCGCGGUGCAGGGCUUCAGCGUGGAUAACAUUAUGACCUCCCUGCGGGGGUCUCCGCAGGCCGAGCUCUCCCCGCCUCUCGUCGCUUCCUCUCGGACAGGUAUCACCUCUUCACUGUCGCUCAACUAUUCCCCAAACCAAACAUCUGCGUACGGUUCGACGCCCUGCAACCAGAACGUCAUCUCCACGAACUCCAACGCCACCUAUCACUGCAACAUGCAAGCCAUGAGCCUGUACGCGGGGGACCGGUCGUCCGGCGGCCACCUGACCCCGUCCACCACCGUGGAGGAGUCCCUGCCCGACUAUUGCAUCACCACGACCACCGCGUCCCCCCUCGGCCACGGCAACCUGAGCCAGGCGGGACAGGACGGCCACCAUGCGCACCAGGGCCGGCUCGCGUCCUGGUACGGGGACCUGAGCCACUUGAGCCCAGGUUAUCCGGCCCAGCAACAGAACUUCCACUCGGUGAGGGAGAUGUUUGAGUCCCAGAGGAUCGGGCUCAACGGUUCCCCGGUCAACGGGAAUAAUAGCUGUCAGAUGGCCUUCCCCUCCGGCCAGUCCAUCUACCGCACCUCAGGAGCUUUUGUUUAUGACUGCAGCAAGUUCUGAAAGCCCCCAUGGGCCUUUUAAAUUAAUAACUUUAAUAUAUAUUUCCUAUAUUUUUUGUACUUUUCCUCUUUAUGGUCUUUUAUUCACACCCCGAAUGGACAAAAGAGAUUCAGAGAAUUUUUUUUUUUUUUUUUUUUUUUGUCGAGGCGUGUGUAACAUCAAAAACACGUAAGUUUUUUCCCCUCUCGCUUCGAGAAUUGUUUAUAAAGUUGGCUUAUAUACCAGCUUUUAUGACUUUAGACUGUAAAUUAUAGCCUAAUAUAGUAAUUUAUUUUUAGAAAAAAAAAGGGAGUGGUUGGAUAUUGAGGACCAAACACUUAAUGUUUUUCAGUUUUCUUAUGCUGCCUUUAAUUGUCCUUGUAUAGAAAUAGAGGGAAACGUGUAGCCUAUACUGACUUAUUUUAUUCAUUUUUGUCUUAUUUGUUAAAAACUAUUUUGAAGGCAUUAAUUACAUUUUGUUUGUUUAAUAAAGUGCCGUCUAUUUGAUUUUAA